UUACCGAAGAAAAGCGGAUUUCAGCCAUUUUGUAAUUAUUUGAUCAAGGUUUAUAUUUUAAACAAAUAAGCUAAAGUUAUACUUAAACAAAAAAUAGUUAAGUGUAAUAUCGUGUUACUUGAUUCUCUAGAAACUGCGUUAUCUUCUAAUACAAUAAACAAUUUCAAAACUUAAAACCAAAGAUUUUGUGGUUGUUUUUUGAAGCCAAGCUAUAAGUUUUAAUAAUAUGGUGCGCGGAGCCGGCCGUGGCGGGCGAGGAAUACCUGGUAGAGGUGGUAUGGGACGUCCGCCCUUUAACAGACCCCGUGUAUUGAUGCUACGGCCGCCUUUUGACUUGAUUUUGGCUGAACCCGCGUUUCCCCGGUGCAAACCGGCCCCCGAUGACGCUGCUUUGACACAGGCUCUCCUCAAAAGACAUGCAGAGCUUUGCCCGACGCCCACAGAGCAAUCUGCAGUCCUGAGCAUUGUCACAAAACUGCAGACAGUUCUGGACAAUUUAGUAGUUGCACCGGGAGACUUCGCUGCUUGUCAACUGGAAGAGGUGAGACAGGUCGGUUCAUAUAAGAAGGGCACUAUGAUGGCGGGAAAGAAUGUAGCAGAUAUUGUAGUCAUUAUGAAGACUCUCCCCACCAAAGAGGCUGUGGAGGGACUAUCCAAUAAGGUGAAUGAAGAGCUGAACAAGUUGAUGCGAGCAGAAGCCCUGGGCAACGUGUCAAGUACCUGCCACGAGCGUGGCUUCACCGUGACCGCCGCCACGGCCGCCGUACGGGUGCUGGUAACCACACUUCACCAGAACCUGAGGAAGCUUGAGCCGGAAGUGCAUUUGGACUACAAAGUCAUCAGCAGUCACUUGGCUGCAAUCAGACAUAGCCGCUGGUUCGAAGAGAACGCACACCAUUCCUCAAUCAAGGUGUUGAUACGUCUACUGCGGGACAUGUGCUCACGCCACUCCGGCCUGGACCCGCUGACUCCCUGGAUGAUCGACCUGCUGGCCCACCACUGUAUCAUGAACAACCCGGCCCGCCAGGCGUUGCCCAUCAACGUGGCGUUCCGACGUGCCCUGUCUCUACUCGCGGGGGGCCUGUUCCUGCCAGGAUGCGCAGGCCUGCCGGACCCCUGUGAAGCGGCCCACUCGCGUGCGCACACCGCACUAGACCUCGCGGCGCAAGACCACGCGGCGGCCACGGCGCAGACGUUGUUGCGGGUGGUGGCACGCGGCGGUCACCGGUACGUGCUGGGCCUGCAGGCGUUCGAGGGCGGCAAGGACAUCUCAACGGAGAUCACAGUCUGGGAUGGCGUGGUGGUGUCACCGCUCGCGCCCGCCUACCACGACACCCCCGAGCCCAUGGACACCGACGACAAAGACGACGACGGAAUGCAAGAUGGCGUCGCAGCUUAGUAUUAAGAUAUCUUUAUUAUAAUAGCGUGACAACACAAUAUUGUGUUUAAGACUAAGAACUUAAAAUAAAUUUCUAACUAUAUAAGAA